AUGUCGGCGCUCCCCACCACCACCCUCCUCGUCGCCAACAUGCACUGCACCUCCUGCUGCGACGCCAUCGACUCCCUCCUCGCCACCCUCCCCCCAGUCCGCAACGUCUCCACCUCCCUCCUCCAACGCACAGUCACCUUCUCCGUAGACACAAAUGCCGCCCACUCCUCCUCCAAGGGUCCCCCGUCUGUCCCCAGGGUCAUAGACCAGGUCGUCCACAAGCUGACCGGCGAAGGUGGCUUUGCUAUCGAGGCAGAUGACGAAGCGGAACAUCCUCCUGCGCGAGAAGCCCCGAGUCUGCUCGGAAGACUGGGACUGCAGACUCGACGCGGAAGAGAAAGGAAACGCGCCGAAGACAGGCGCAGGCGUCAUCUUGAACACUGUGAAGUCUGCCAAGCCCAAGAGCGAGAGCAAGUCGAAAGAUCUUCUCCUUUGAGUACGCCUUCACACUCUCUUCAAGCACCGCUCGCCCCCCAAAAUGCCUCGCAACACGAUGGGAUAGUCAAGACCACAUUGUCUAUCGAGGGAAUGACCUGCGCCUCGUGCACGUCUGCCAUCACCAAUGCGCUCAACGAUAAUCCCGACAUUGAGCAGGUGGAUAUAAACCUCCUCAACUCGUCCGGUGUCGUGCGCCACAAAGCCUUGUUGCCCGCUACCGACAUUGCAGAGAUGGUUAGUGACAUUGGGUAUGAGACCGAGGUCGUCGAGUCGCACAGCGAGACCUCUGUGGCCCCAUCGGCCCCUGACUCCCAGGUCAAGACGGUUCUGUCGAUCGAGGGCAUGACAUGUGCUUCCUGCUCUUCAGCCAUCACAGACGGGCUGUCCAAGCACCCCAACGUUGCGUCCGUCGAGAUCAACCUCUUGGGAUCGUCUGGUGUCGUAUUGCACAACCAAUCUCUCACUCCCGACGACGUCAAGGACAUCGUUGAUGAUCUUGGCUACGACGCUCAAGUUGUCAGCUCGGAGACGGCAGUCGAGAGAAAAAGGGACGCCAAAAUCAAGUCAACUUUUGCCAUCGAAGGCAUGACAUGCGCCUCUUGCUCUGGCGCUAUCAACUCUGCGUUCAGAGGCAUGGAAGGCAUUGAAUCCUGCGACAUUGAUCUUCUCAACAACCGCGGUGUGAUCGUUCAUGCGAGCAACAUUACCGCUGGCGAUCUUGCAGAACAGAUUGAGGAUCUUGGCUAUGGCGCAGAGAUCUCCACGUCUGAGCCCGUAUCUCUCCAGAGCAAAGGCAAAGACAAGGAGGAGACUUUGCAGAGGACCGUCAAAAUUCACGUCGAAGGACUCUUUUGCCACCAAUGCGUCUCUAAAAUCAACCACCAUCUUUCAACCCUUCCCCUCUUAUCUCACAGUGAUAUAGCACUCCAUCCGUCCAUCAUCACCGUCACUUAUGUACCCCAUGAUCCUCUGACGAUCAGGGACAUUUUGGAAGGUUUGACAGGGCUGGCGCCAGAGUUUGAAGCGUCAGUCUUUAAAGCGCCCAGCUUGAGUGAGAGGAGUAGGGACAUUCAAAAGAAGGAAGUCAGAAUGCUGGCAAGGCAUUUAGCAGUAGCAGUCGUCUUUGCCAUCCCGACUUUCGUCAUUGCGAUCGUGGGUAUGGUGCUCCUGAAAGGUCACGAUGCCUUCAAGAUGAAGAUGAUGGAAUCCACGUGGGGUGCGGCUAAUCUUGGCACUGUCAUACUUUGGCCCCUCGCGACUGUGGUCCAGUUUGGAGUUGGCAGGCGACUACCUAAAAGACCUCUGACCUGGCGUUCUGCUUUCAGCUUUGGUAGCAUGGACCUACUCGUUGUACUUUCCACCACGGUCUCUUACUUUGCCUCUAUCGCCAUGCUCGCCAUCGACGUUCAAAACCCGUCUGGUACAGACAGCGUCGGCACGUACUUUGACAGCUGCGUCUUCCUGAUCAUGUUUAUCCUCCUAGGCAGAACUCUGGAAGCGUAUGCGAAGAGUAGAACGACGGAUGCUGUCAGUUUAUUAGGAGGACUGAGGCCGGAUACGGCGCUGCUUGUCGGGGAAACUUCGCACUCGACAGAUGGCUCUCCCGGAUCGUCUGCCACCCCUCAAUCUCGCAAAAUUCCCAUCGACCACCUCGAGAUUGGAGAUCUUCUCCUUCUCCCUCCAGGUUCCCUUCCUCCAACAGACGCCCUCUUGGUGUCGGGCACCACCACCUUUGACGAAUCUUCGCUCACGGGAGAGUCCAAACCCAUCCACAAGCACCCCGGAGACGAAAUUUUCACCGGUACAGUCAACUUGUCCUCGGCCGUCACUGUCCGUGUCUUGAGGCUAGGUGGAGAUACAAUGAUUGAGAAGAUCAUCCGUGCCGUUUCAGACGCUGCUUCCAGGAAAGCUCCGCUGGAAAAGCUCGCGGAAAAACUCACUGGUGUCUUUGUGCCCGUCAUUGUCUACCUCUCUCUCAUAGUGCUCGCGGUUUGGCUUCCGCUCGCGUUGACCAACACUGUCGAGCCUCAUUCUGUUGCCGGUGGCAAAGUAUUCUUUGCUCUAGAAUUCGCCAUCUCCACCCUGGUAGUCGCUUGUCCAUGUGGCAUUGGUCUCGCUGUGCCCUGUGCCAACGCUGUAGGCAACGGUGUCGCUGCUAAGGCCGGUAUCCUUGCGAGUGGUGGAGGCGAGGCAUUCCUGGGGGCUACCAAAAUCUCCAGGGUAGUAUUCGACAAGACUGGGACGUUGACGGUCGGAAGGAGUGAGGUCAUGAAUGAGGUUUGGGAGGGUGCAGCGAGUGGUGACAAGGAGAACAGGCAGAGGAUUCUAAAGGGUGUGUUGGAGCUGGAGAGGGCAAGUACACAUCCUCUCGCCGUGGGGAUGGUCGAGUAUCUUGAAAAGAGCCCCUUGGCCCCGAGCGGAGAAAGAGUGGAAGUCGUGGAUACGGAAGAGAUUGCCGGUAGGGGCUUGAAGGCUAGUCUUCGGAUUGGGCAGAUUUCUAUCGACCUCCUCGUCGGCAAUGUCGCUCUCAUGACCGACCACAAUGUUGAGAUUAGCGAGCAAGCCCAUGUGACAGUAUCCACUUGGUCCACUGAAGCCAAGUCGGUCAUCCUCAUCGCCAUGUCCGACGCUCCUGGUUCAUAUGCGCUCUCAGCACUCUACUCUCUCUCCGACCACCCUCGCCCAGAAGCUGCUGAAGUGAUUGCUUUCUUGAGGAAACGGGGUAUUGCUGUCAACAUGCUUUCUGGUGAUAAUGAAACCACCGCAAGGGCUGUAGGCAAAAUGGUCGGGCUUGGCGAGAACGAAGUCAAGGGCGGAGUUGGGCCGAAGGGCAAGGCGGAAACCAUCAGAAUCUUCCAGGCUGGUGAAGGGGCAAACGAGAAAAUGCAAGGAAAAGACGAGAGUCGCAAAGAUGUGGUGAUGUUUAUUGGAGAUGGACUCAAUGACGCGGUGGCGCUCGCGGCUGCCGAUGUCUCUGUAGCAAUGGGUCACGGCUCUCAAGCCACACUCGCCUCGGCGGACUUUGUCCUGCUCUCCUCUUCCCUCAAUUCCUUGGUCCCCCUUCUGCGCAUCUCCCGUAAAGUCAUCAACCGCCAAAAGCUCAACCUAGGUUGGGCCAUCAUCUUCAACGUGGUCUGCUUGCCGUUCGCGGCGGGUGUGUUUUACGGGGCGGGGAAGAUAAGAUUGACACCUGUGUGGAGUGCGGUGCUGAUGGCGUUGAGUAGUGUCAGUGUGGUGUGUAGUAGUUUAGCCAUGAGAUGGGGCUUAUAA